AUGCCCGUCAUCACUACCAAGGAGCCCGCCUCGGCCGUUGCAGCCGCUCUCAAGGCCGAGGCCAGCGAGUCCAAGCCCGCGUAUGUUGUCGUCUACGCCUCUCACCGCAACGGCCGCUCCUGGUGCCCCGACUGCACGGCCGCCGAGCCGUACAUUGAGAAGAAGUUUGGCGGCGAGGAGAACACCGUCCGUGUUGUCUAUGCGGGGUUGCCCGAGGUAUGGAGGACGAAGGACAACGAGUGGAGGCAAGCACCCUUCAACGUCACGAACCUGCCCACCCUAAUCAAGGUCACUGGUGACAAUAAGUGGGAGAAGUUGGUUGAGGCCGACGUCUACGAUCAGAAGAAGCUUGAUGCCUUUGUUGGCGGUAACAGCCGCUUGUAG